AUGACUCGAAAGCUAGUCGAGUAUUCAGACUCGGAAUCGGACGACAGUGAUGUCCGUUCAAUGGAGGAUGGUUUUCCUUGCGAUCACAAGCCGAGAUUUGAGGGAGAGAAUAAAGAAACUGAAUUUAUUCCUCCCAUACAUGACAUACUGAACAAGUUCUCCAAAGUUCCGAUAAGAAUAAACGGGGCUCACAGGAGAAGAGCAGAAGAUGGUUCAAGGGGCAGUAAAAUAGAGACUUUUUUCUUCUACUUCCCAGUGUUUCUCAGCGGGGAGGACGCCGACACUAUUGACGGGUAUAUUGAACUUGUUCGAGAGAAGGUAGAGGCCGCUGGGGGCAAGGUUAGAAACCUUGCCAUCAAUGACCUGACUAGAGGAAGAGAGCCACUGCAUAUAUCCAUCUGUUACAACAUGAGAGCCACCUCUGAGGAAGCCGAUCGAAUAACAACAGAAAUGAAGCGUGAUAAGGUUCUCCAAAGUGUUUCUUUUCCCAUUCCAUUGGAAUUUCAGGGAGUUACCAUUGUAGACAACAGAAUCACAUCGAGACAGUUUGUCAUUAUGGAACUCUCAGAGACCUCCAAAAGCACAUUGCGUCCCUUUGUUGAUUGUCUCAACCAUCUGUCCUCUCUUUUGACACCAUCCUCCAACUAUGAUCCGGACCGUCUCCACGUCAGCAUUGCCGAGAUCCACCACCUCGAUACCUCCACCACUACACUAAAUCUUCCGCCCUUUACGGCUCUUACAAGUCUCUCCUUGUGUGCUAACCCUUUGGUCUCUACAAGAGGGAGGUCAAUUAAACCCCUCUUUACGCAUCAAUAA